AACCGAAAAGAAUUCAAGCAUUCACUCACAAACAAGAUGAAAUUGUUUAAAUUUCUGUUGCUUGCCAUUCUGCUGGUUGCAGUUCUGGCUACGACUCCAGAGGAGACUCAACCAGAAGAUACUCCACCAGAAGAGACCCCACCGGAAGAUACUCCACCAGAAGAGACCCCACCAGAAGAAACUCCACCAGAAGAGACUCCUCCGGCUGAUACACCACCCGCUGAUACUCCUCCGGCUGAUACUCCACCGGCUGAUACUCCUCCGGCUGAUACUCCCCCGGCAGAUACUCCUACCGACGAUACCCCACCAGCUGACACUCCUCCCGCUGAUACCCCACCAGCAGAGAGUACAACUGCCGCCCCAGCCGGUGGAGCAACCACUAAGAAACCUGCAACUGCCAACAAAAAACCUGCAGCUAAGAAACCCGCUGGUAAAAAGAAAGCCGCAAAAAAGAAUAAGAAGAAGAAGAAUAAGAAUAAGAAUAAGAAUAAGAAUAAGAAGAAGAAGCCAAAAAAGAAUAAGAAGGGAAAAAAGAAGGGUGCCAAUAAAAAGAGACCUAAGGCCAAGAAUUCGAAUAGAUUUAGAAACAGUAAUAUGCAAGUGGCCAGGUCCAGAGGACCUGUAAAUCAAAGUAACAACGUAAGGCUUGUUAUUCAAAAUUAAAUGAUUUAAAAUCAUUUCCAAUAAAUCGACAAAAAAAAACGAUUAUUUGAAAAAUCGUUUCAGAGUUAAAUUUUA